AUGCAACACGGACAUUUGCUGGUGGUGAUGGUGGUGAUGGUGGUGGUGUUCUUCUUGAUGAUGGUUGAUGAUAAUCUCAUUGCAAUUCUUUUUGUUUUUUUUUUGAUGCGUGAAAUAAAAUUUUCAUUCCAUUUUCAAAUUUUGAAUUUUAUUGUUAACCAACCCUUUAUCCAAAUUUACAAUCAAACUAUUAUAAUGACAACUGAUGAAUCAAUAAUAACAUAUGUUAAUCCAUAUAAAUUACCAGAAUCAAACAAUUCAGAAUUAAUUUCCCUACUUCAAAAUGGUAAUACAUCGAAUAAUCAAACAACAACAUUAAAUUUCAAUAUUCCAGUAUUUAAAUCGAUCGAUGUUUCAAAUUUAAUUGAUUUAAACAAUAAUAAAAUUGAAUCACAAAUAAAUGAACAAAAAAGAUCUCAAAAUGUUAAUAUCAAUAAUUUGGAUAGCAAUCAAGAUGAGAACAAGUCAUCUAACGAAUCCAAUGUUGUUGAAUUGAAUAAUGAAGAUUUAAUAAUUGAUGAAAAAUUAAAUAAAUUUAUUCCAAUUGAAGAAUUUAAAUUUAAGAAUUUUCAUAAUCAAUUAAGUUCGAUAAUAAUUAAAGGAAUACCAAAUGAUUUAAAAUUACAAGUAUUAGAAAAAUUACUUAAUUUAUUAAUAUCAAAUCGAUCAUUUAAAUGGAGUUUAAUUAAUAAUCUGAAUAAUAAAAAUAACAUCACCAAUGAUUUAAAAUUAAUUUUCAUUAAAUUUGAUCAACUUGUUGAUUUGAAAUGGUUUUUAGAAACUUAUUCUACAACAAUUAAUGAUAUUAUACCAGGUUGUAAUAUAAUUAAAAAUGAUUUAAUUAAAGAUAAUCUUGAAUCAUUGAAAAUUGAACCUGAAGAAAUUAAAGAAUCAUUAAAAUCAACAAUUAAUUUAAUAAUUAAUAAUUCAAAAAAUAAAGAAAUUAAAAAAGUUACAGGACUAGAAGAUUUAGAUCAAGUUUUAGAUUCUUAUAGUAAUUAUAAAGUUGAUAAUAAUGAUUUAAUUGAUAUCCCCAAUGAUAUGAAAGAAUCAAUUGUUAAAGAUAUAAUUAAAUUUAGAUCAAGAAUGUUAUUAAUUGAAAAAGAUUUAAGAAAACGUGAAAUUGAACAAGAAAGAAUCAACACCAAAAAUAAAUUAAAAAGAUUAUUUGAAGGUAUUAAAGAAUCAAAUGAAACUGGUAAUAACAAUGGUAACGGUUCUUCUUCUUUUUCUACUACUACUACUUCCAAUGAUGGUAAUAAUAAAUCAAUAUUUCUAAUGAGUAAUAGAGAAGAGUUUGAAGAUAUGAAUGAUGAAGAAUAUGAAAAAUAUCUUAAAGAUCAACAAGCUUUAAAACUAGAAGAAGAAUAUAAUCAAAGAUUAAAAGAAUGGGAAAUUAAUCAAAAUAAAGAAUAUAAAAAAUUGAAUGAAUUGUUAAAAAAUUUGCAAAAUUAUGAAAAUCAAUUAAUUGAUAAUAAAUUAAAAUUUAUUGAUGAUUUUAAAAAUUAUCAAAAUUUAUCAAUUUCAAAUUUAUAUAAUCAUAAAUAUAAUGAUUAUUUGAAAUUUAGAAGUAAGAAAAGAUCGUUAGAAGAACAACAAGAUGAAUUAGAUAGAUCUCAAGAUCAUCAACCACAACCACAACUAGAAGAACAGCAAAAACCAAUAAUUAAACAAGAUCAACCGGUGGUUAAAAAACUUAAAGUUGAAUCAAUAAUCAUAAAUGAAUUAUCAAAAGAAUUGAAAUCAAAAUUAAAUGAUAAAAUAAUUGAAUUAGUUGAAGAAUAUCUUGGUGUUAAAGAUGAAUUUUUAGUUCAAGUUAUUAAUGACAAUUUACAAAAUUCUAGUCUUUCAAAGAAAAAGGAAUUAAUUGAAGAAUUGGUUGAAGUAUUAGAUGAAGAUUCUGAAAAUUUAGUUAAUGAUUUAUGGAAGUAUAUUGAAAAAUUAAGUUAA